UUCAGCGUCAUCUCCCGUUGGACUUGCGUGUCAACAUGGCGGCUUCCAUGGCAUCCCAGGCUGUAGCGAAAGGACUGAGGAUAGCUACUUCAAAGCACAUACUUCUUGAUAAAGCGAAGUGCACCUGGUUGAGUCCGAGGAGAUGGCUGAAUCUACAGGAGUACCAGAGCAAGAAGCUGAUGCAAGAGAGUGGCGUAGCUGUCCAGCGCUUCUAUGUGGCUGACACAGCUUCUGAGGCACUGGAGGCUGCAAAGAGACUCAAUGCCAAAGAGAUCGUGCUGAAAGCUCAGAUUCUGGCCGGGGGCAGAGGCAAGGGUGUGUUCGACAGCGGCCUUAAAGGUGGAGUGCACUUAACGAAGGACCCCGCUGUCGUUGGUGAGCUGGCCAAUAAGAUGCUGGGUUUCAACCUGACUACUAAGCAGACACCAAAAGAGGGAGUGAAAGUGAAAACGGUGAUGGUUGCUGAGGCCCUGGAUAUUACCAGGGAGACAUAUUUUGCCAUCCUAAUGGACCGCUCCUUCAAUGGUCCUGUCAUGGUAGGAAGCCCCCAGGGAGGUAUGGAUAUCGAGGAGGUGGCUGCCAGCACCCCAGAACUCAUCUUUAAGGAAGCCAUAGAUAUCUUUGAAGGUGUGAGAGACGACCAGGCACUUCGCAUGGCAGCUAAUUUGGGUUUCAAAGGAGCUCUGCAGAGACAGGCAGCAGAUCAGAUUAAGAGGCUCUAUGAUCUGUUCCUGAAAGUCGACGCCACUCAAGUUGAAGUCAAUCCUCUCGGAGAGACUCCCGAAGGACAAGUGGUUUGCUUUGAUGCUAAGAUCAACUUUGAUGACAACGCUGAGUUCCGUCAGAAAAACGUGUUUGCCAUGGAUGACAUGACGGAGGCCGACCCCACGGAGAUGGCUGCAGCAAAGUGGGACCUUAAAUAUAUCGGACUGGAUGGGAACAUUGCCUGCUUUGUGAAUGGAGCUGGUUUGGCCAUGGCCACGUGUGACAUCAUUGACCUGCAUGGAGGAAAGCCAGCAAACUUCCUGGACCUGGGUGGUGGAGUCAAAGAGAAACAGGUGUACGAGGCUUUUAAGCUGCUCACUGCCGACCCAAAGGUUGAAGCCAUCCUGGUCAACAUUUUUGGGGGCAUUGUUAAUUGUGCCAUCAUUGCCAACGGCAUCACCAAAGCUUGCCGAGAGCUGGAGCUCAAAGUGCCGCUGGUGGUCAGGCUGGAAGGGACCAACGUCCACGAGGCUAAAAGGAUUCUGACCGAGAGCGGCCUGCCCAUCUUGGCAGCAGAUGACCUGGAUGAUGCCGCCAAGAAAGCGGUGGCAGCCAUCAAGAAAUAGAGAAUCCUGCAGGACGUCUCAUUCCAGCCUCAGCACAGCACCAUCAGCCUUUUCUUCCACAUGCAGACCUCCAAAACCUUGAGCCUUUGCGUGCAUUUCUCACUUUAAAUGCCAACUGAGAUCCAGAUCACGAGCACUUACAGGAUUCUGCCAUUACACUGGUUUCCUCUCUGCAGAUCAGAUCAGCUGCAGUUUCUUUAAUCAUUAAAAUGUGCAUUAGUUAGGAAGAACCACUGACAUAUUCAGGCUAACAUAUUGAAAGGACACCCAACACUUUGUCCAUUCCAUUAGCUUUCUUGUCUUUAUUUUUCAGCAAAAUAUGAAGUGGGAAAGACAUUUUCCAUCUUCACAUCCCAUCCACUGAGUUGUUGCCAUGUUAUCGCACACCAUUCAUAAGCUGUGAUAUCAUUCAGUGGUACUUGCUGAAACCGAGAUGAAUGGAAGCUGUAAACACUUUCUUACUUCGUCCACGUUGGUUACCAAGCCUGGUCUGCGUUUCAAAUGAAGUAGAUGGCGUACUCACUCUGAAUUUGUGCAUCAUGUCUUAUUUAUAAAGUGCUACUAUGAGACGUCCAUUAUCUGCUCUAAUCCUGUGCCUGUCCAGUGAAAGCUAAUGAGGCAUCACAGGUGUCGAGAAAAUGAAUAAUUAAAAACAAAGAAUUGUACUUUUUUAUAAUCAUGAAUGGAUGUUGACAGGAUGUCUGAAAUACAAUGAGAAAAUGCAAUUUGUGACAUUAAACAAAAAAUGUUUUAAAAACUA